CGGAAGUGCUGCUCCGCCUCAAGAGAAAGAUGGCGGCUUACAGGUGCAUCUCCUCGGCUCUGCUGGUGUUUCUAUGUGUUUUGUCGGUGUUCACCGUCGCACAGAGUCAAGAGACGACACCAGCGGGUGGCCACGGUGCCCCCGCAACGGACGGUCCGCAAACAGUGACCAAGACAGCGGGACAAACCGCCGGGCAGCCCGCGGCGGAGGAGAGGCGGUGGGAAGCGACCGAGGUGAAAGAGGCGACUCCGGAUGAAUCCGCAGCCGAGGAGCAGGAGGCUCCUGCCGCUGACACCGCGGCCCCCUCCGCCGGCCCCCGGCCCAAAGAUGACUUCCAGGAGGAGCUGGUGAUCAGACCACUGCACUCCGGAGAUAUUUAUGCCAGCUUCCAGUUCCGCACCCUGUGGGAAACUGACUUCACCAGGGAAAACAAAGUCUCCCACUACCGGUUGUUCCCCAAGUCUCUGGGCCAGGUCAUCUCUAAGUUUUCAGUGCGAGAGCUGCACAUCUCCUUCACACAGGGCUACUGGAGGACCAUGCAGUGGGGACAGCCAUAUCAGCCUUCUCCUCCUGGAGCCGAACUCUGGGUGUGGUUCCAGGACUCUGUCACGGAUGUGGAUGGAACGUGGAAGGAGCUGACAAAUGUUUUGUCAGGGAUUUUCUGUGCUUCACUCAACUUCAUUGACUCCACCAACACUGUCCAGCCCAGUGCUUCCUUCAAACCACUGGGAAUCGUCAACGAAGUGACAGACCAUCGCUUCCUCCGGUAUGCCACCCUCCCACGAGAGAUUGUUUGCACAGAGAAUCUGACACCAUGGAAGAAACUCUUGCCAUGUGGAUCCAAGGCCGGUCUCGCUGUCCUGAUGAAGUCAGAGAAACUCUUCCACAGCAGUUUUCAUUCCCAGGCAGUGCACAUCAGACCUGUGUCUCCCACGUCCUGGGAGCUCCGACAGACACUGAACGUGGUCUUUGACCUGCACACGUCUGGACAGGGCAAACGAGAGUGGUCUCUGUUCAAGAUGUUCUCUCGGACCCUGACAGAAGCUUGUCCACUGGCCUCCUCCAGUAAAAUCUAUGUCGAUGUCACAGACAACCCUCAGGGGGAGCAGUUUGAGCUGAGCCCGGCCACGCCCCUGCUGAGCCAGGAAGUGGUGCUGGGGGACAGACGGACCUUCUCCGUGUACGAUCUGACCCAACAAAUCACUUUUGGGACUGUGCGCUCCCUCAACCUGCUGAUCCGCUGGAAAUCUAGUGAAAGUGACAUGCUGCGUCCUCUGCUCCACGGCGAGCGCUAUGUGGCUGGUUACGGGCUGCAGACGGGAGAGAUCCACACGCUGAUGUACAACUAUCACCCAUACAGAUCCUUCCCUGUGCUGCUGCUGGACUCAGUACCCUGGUAUCUCCGUCUCUACAUUCACACGCUCACUGUCACCAGCAAGGGAAAGGACAACAAGCCCAGCUACAUCCACUACCAGCCAUCGAAGGACCGUUUGAGGCCCCACCUGCUGGAGAUGCUCAUCCAGCUUCCUCCCAACUCCGUCACCGAGGUCACCGUGCAGUUUGAGAGGGCUCUGCUCAAAUGGACCGAGUACACCCCCGAUCCCAACCACGGCUUCUACGUCGGGUCUUCAGUAAUCAGCUCUCUUGUACCAAGUAUUGUCGCCAUGGAUACAAACAUCACUCAGGAACGCCCCCUUUUCAGCAGCUUUUUCCCCUGUAAAGAGGAGUCCAGCUACUUUGUGCGCGUCUACACUGAGCCUCUGCUGGUCAACCUGCCAACCCCAGACUUCAGCAUGCCCUAUAAUGUCAUCUGCCUGACCUGCACUGUGGUGGCUGUGGGUUACGGCUCCCUCUACAAUCUACUGACCCGGAGCUUUCAGAUAGAAGAGCCCAGUCCAGGAUUGGCCAAGCGGCUAGCCAACAUCAUCCGCAGGAUGCGGGGCGUGCCGCCUCUCUGAGGCUGGACAUCGGUGCCAACUGGCUCUGCUUUCAGAAAGGAAGCUUUGCUUUGUGCAAAACCACUGGUUACAUGUGACAUUCAGGGAAAAACUGAGUCGAGCACUGGUGUGAAUGUUGACCGAAGGUCAACUUCAAGGUUUUGUUUUGGAAUGGAAGAGGAUGAAUUACAGUUUUGAACAUGAACAUAUUCAGGAUCAUUUCCUGUCGUCUAACGACAAAAACUGUAGAGGUUUGUUAUUGUUUGAGAAGGAGAAGGAACCAAAGCUGUGGAUUAUGCAGCAGUGGUAACUGCAUCUGUUUUAUUGUUUGUGUUUUUAUGAAUGUCAGAAACCAUGACUCCACUACAUCUUAAUAUAUCUCCAAAGUGUCACUUCAGCUUUUUGUUUCUCUGUGGAAACUGUGAUAAAAAGAUGUUUCUACAAUGAUGAGACUGCACUUUUUCUAUCUCUGAGUAGAGAUAGAAAAAUGGACGAUCACCUUUGAUCUCAUAAUCCUGACCUGUGGAUUCCCAGUUCGUUGUAAGUAAAGAUAAAAUACAAUGAUCCAGUCAGAGCGUUUCAUCUUGACAAAGCUCAGGUAUGACAGGAGAUCAAAAGACGGAAAUUCUAGGUUUGCAGUUUCCACUGCCAAGCAAACUAAACACAGCAUUACAAUGGAACAAUGGGGCACGUAUAUCCUCCUCCCUUUCAGUUCCUGGUGUGUUCAUUUUACUGGACACAAGUUGUGUAAUACUACAGAAUAUAACAAAGGGCCCCUGAAAAGUUGUCGAUGAGCAACCACAUUAUUUAUUUGCAAGUAGGAAACACCCUUUUAUUAAAUGAUUUAAUUUGAAUGCCACUGUCUGCAGGUCAUUCAAAUCAACUGCCUUAAGUUUGUAACCAUUAAAUGCAGUUUAAUUGUACCUCACAGAAGACAAGCAAGUAAUGCUUGACAAGCAAGUUAUGUCUGUGUCUGAAAGUCUGUUUGCUUGCCUCACAGAGAAGAAGUGCUUUGAAUGUGAAUAUUUGAAGCUGCACUGUUUGUGUUGAAAAAUUGAAACAUUUAUCCCCUUUUAAUAAAUUGACAAACAAAC